GUUUCUACUGAGAAUUUUCCAAACAGACCUUAAAAACACUCCCAAACCCCACCACCGGCCGGCGACCAGAAAAUGGACGGCGGCAGCAUUCUGGAAACGAUCGGAGUGGAGAUCAUCGGAGUAAUGUCACCAGUAUCCAUCUGCAUGUUCCUCGUUGUCCUCAUCGUAUAUACCCUUUCUUCGCCAUCUUCCUCCGAUAACCAGCAAGUCAUCCGUACAGCCGCUAACCUCAUAUACCUUGAAUCAUCUUCCGAUACUACUGCACAGAAGCUCGAAGGAGCCCUUCUAAACGCCGUCGUUUUUGUAGUACUCAUAACCCUUGUAACAUUCCUUCUGGUAAUCCUCUAUUACUAUCGUUUCACUAAUUUUCUGAAAUACUACAUCCGUUUCUCUGCUUUCUUCGUUCUUGGUUCGAUGGGUGGGUCGAUUAUUCUUACUCUUAUUCAACACUUCAAUAUCCCGAUUGAUUCCAUCACUUUUUGUCUCCUACUUUUCAAUUUCACCAUUUUGGGGGUCAUUUCUGUGUUUUCACAAGGGGUUCCGAUUCUGCUUAACCAAAUGUAUAUGGUUGCUUUAGGGAUUAUUGUAGCUGCUUGGUUUACGAAAUUACCUGAAUGGACUACUUGGGUUGUUCUUGUUGCACUUGCUUUGUAUGAUCUUGUUGCAGUUUUAGCUCCUGGUGGACCGUUGAAGAUGUUGGUGGAGCUGGCUUCUAGUAGGGAUGAAGAGUUGCCUGCUUUGGUGUACGAGGCUCGGCCUAAUGUGAGUUCGAGAUCAGGGAGUAGAGGACCAAAUUUAGGGCUUUUGUUAGCUGGGUUUUCUGAUGGGGACCCGAUUGAGCUUCGGGUUAUGUCGAGUAGUGAAAAUGUGGUUCAGAAUGGGAGGGUUGUGAGUGAGAUGAGGAGUGAAAGUGAAGAGAUUGAUGAUGUUAGAGAGGUUGAAAUUGAGGGGGAGAUGUUACCAUUGAUGGGUAGUAGUAGUAGUAACAACGAAAGAGAAAGGCCGGUGGUCAAUGAAGAUAUAAGAGAAAGUAAUGAGAGUGAUCGAGCUCGGGUUUUGGAGAGGGAAAUUGAGGAAGAGGAGGAGAGAGGAAGGGGGAUAAAGCUUGGUUUGGGAGAUUUUGUUUUCUAUAGUGUGUUGGUGGGGAGAGCUGCAAUGUACGAUUUGAUGACCGUUUAUGCUUGUUAUCUCGCUAUUAUAUCUGGAUUAGGGUGCACACUUAUACUGUUAGCGGUGUGUCGACAUGCCUUGCCAGCACUUCCCAUAUCCAUUGCUUUGGGGGUCAUCUUUUACUUCUUGACAAGGCUGUUGAUGGAGCCAUUCGUUGUUGGGACUUCGACGAAUCUUUUGAUGUUUUGACCCGUGGCAUGUGGAGGGGGAAGUUAGAAAGUACAGGAUAUAUUGAGUUUUAAGACAUAUAUUUUGAUUUAGAAGAAAACUAAUUGCUUUCGGUACACCUUUGUUUCAAGGUUCCGAGCAGGAAGGGACAACUCAGCUAUAUUUUGUUCUGAUCUAUCUGUAAAAUCGCAAGUCUAUUGAGGUUUGUCCCUCUAUUGAUUCUCUAACUGAUUUUGGUAUACCUAAUAUUGUUAAGAGUGUUAUAACUCCCAUUUGUACAUGGGCUAAAAGAUGUAUUCCAUGCACUUGACGUGUCGUAUACUAUAUGAUUUGAUAAAUUCAAGUACUUAGCUAUGUAUCAGCUGUUGGUGUAAGUAGUUCUAUUGCUUAUGCGUUACAGUUCUAUUGGUGA